AUUUGGUGUAUUUUGGUCCUGUGUAUCUGGGUGCCGGAAAACAAAGAUCAAGAGAGAACUGUUUGAUUAUUAUUUGAAAAUCAGUGGGCAUAUUAUUUUCCUCUGAUUGUUAGUAUUGAUUGAAAUUUGACAAAUUAGUAGAUGGUGUGUUGGGCGAUUUGGAUACAGUUUUAGCUAAUGACUCUUCUCUUGAAGCCUUUGGGAUUAAUGAAAUUGACCAAGUCCUCCACUUACUUCAAAUUUUUACAGAUGUAUAUUUCAAUUUCUGUUUCUUGUGUAAAUAUUUUUUUUUAUGCAAUCCAAUCCAGCCUUUGUUUGAUCAUGCGCACCGCAUGUUUUACCAAAUAUAGACAAAAGAAAGGGGCAUAUGUCUUUAAUCUCUUUCUCUCUCUCUCUAGCUUAAUCUGAUUUUGUUGAUUUAUUGGGGAUAGAAUAAGAUUAGGAAAUGGCAGACCGGUUGACCCGUAUAGCAAUCGUGAGCUCCGACAGAUGCAAGCCAAAGAAGUGCCGCCAGGAAUGCAAGAAGAGCUGUCCUGUUGUCAAGACUGGUAAACUAUGUAUUGAGGUUACCCCUGCAUCAAAGAUUGCUUUUAUCUCGGAAGAAUUGUGCAUUGGGUGUGGUAUCUGUGUUAAGAAAUGCCCAUUUGAAGCAAUCCAAAUCAUCAACUUACCAAAGGAUUUAGAUAAAGAUACGACCCAUCGUUAUGGGCCUAACACUUUCAAACUACACAGGUUACCAGUCCCAAGGCCAGGUCAAGUUCUUGGUUUGGUUGGAACAAAUGGCAUUGGGAAGUCGACUGCCCUCAAAGUUUUGGCUGGAAAGUUGAAACCAAAUUUAGGCCGUUUCAAGAAUCCUCCAGAUUGGCAGGAAAUCUUGACCUACUUCCGGGGAUCUGAGCUGCAGAAUUAUUUUACCCGUAUUCUGGAAGAUAAUUUGAAGGCCAUUAUAAAGCCCCAGUAUGUUGAUCACAUUCCAAAAGCAGUUCAAGGAAAUGUUGGGGAGGUGCUCAACCAGAAAGAUGAGAGGGAUAUGAAGGAAGAACUGUGUGCUGAUCUUGAGCUGAACCAGGUUAUAGAACGUAAUGUAGGGGAUUUAUCAGGUGGGGAGCUUCAAAGAUUUGCCAUUGCUGUCGUUGCCAUACAGAAUGCAGAGAUAUAUAUGUUUGACGAACCUUCAAGUUAUCUUGAUGUGAAACAGAGGCUUAAAGCUGCCCAAGUUGUCCGAUCUUUGCUUAGGCCUAAUAGCUAUGUAAUUGUUGUGGAGCAUGAUCUUAGUGUCUUGGAUUACUUAUCAGACUUCAUUUGCUGUUUAUAUGGGAAACCGGGUGCGUAUGGAGUUGUGACACUUCCGUUCUCAGUUAGAGAAGGAAUCAACAUCUUCUUGGCCGGAUUUGUCCCCACCGAAAAUCUUAGGUUCCGAGAUGAAUCUCUGACAUUCAAGGUUGCUGAGACACCACAGGAAAGUGCUGAGGAAAUUGAGACAUAUGCACGAUAUAGAUACCCAUCAAUGAGUAAAACUCAGGGAAACUUCAGGCUUCGUGUGGUUGAGGGUGAAUUUACCGAUUCUCAAAUUAUUGUGAUGCUGGGUGAGAAUGGAACGGGGAAGAUAACAUUUAUUCGUAUGCUGGCGGGUCUAUUGAAACCUGAUUCUGUAGAAAAUUCAGAUGUGGAGAUACCUGAAUUCAAUGUUUCUUACAAGCCCCAGAAAAUCAGUCCAAAGUUUCAAUACACUGUCAGACACUUGUUACAUUCAAGAAUUCGUGAUUCAUAUACUCAUCCACAAUUCAUGUCAGAUGUGAUGAAGCCUCUUCUAAUUGAACAAUUAAUGGAUCAAGAAGUCGUGAAUCUCUCUGGCGGAGAGUUGCAGAGGGUUGCAUUAUGCCUAUGCCUUGGGAAGCCUGCAGAUAUUUAUCUGAUAGAUGAACCAAGUGCUUAUCUUGAUUCUGAGCAGCGUAUUGUUGCUUCCAAAGUCAUAAAGAGGUUUAUCCUUCAUGCUAAGAAAACUGCUUUCGUGGUUGAACAUGAUUUUAUUAUGGCUACCUACUUGGCGGAUAGAGUUAUAGUCUAUGAGGGGAGGCCGUCAAUUGAUUGUAUUGCAAAUUGUCCCCAGUCAUUGUUGACUGGGAUGAAUCUAUUCUUAUCUCAUCUUGAUAUCACAUUUAGGCGUGACCCCACUAACUAUCGCCCAAGAAUCAACAAAUUGGAGUCAACGAAGGAUAGGGAACAAAAAGCUGCUGGGUCUUACUAUUACCUGGAUGAUUGAUAUAGUCGUGAUGUCUUGGCCAAAUUCGGAGGGCGUUAAUAUGAUCUUAAAAAUGGAAUCACAGCUGAGUCAUGACGUUCUGACAAAUGAUCGGAGGUCCUUUUUUCACCAGAGGCGAAUGAGUUUUAUGCAGUUAUGGUAAAUUAGUCUGUCAUUGGGCGGGAGGCAAUCUAGAUGUACAAUUUAUGGUCUCAUAGUAUCAGUGAUUGCAUUUAACUUUAUGUUUGAGGAAAGGAUGUCUUUUUGUGGUCGUUGUGGUGAGAUGAGGUUCCUUGAUAGAUGUUUAACUCUUGUGCUUUCUGGGUUUAUGUGACGGUGCUUUCAUCUCUCGUGAUAAAUUUUGCUUUUUACCAACAGAAAUUUAAUUGGCGUCAA